UUUUCUGCUGUCCAGAUUUGGAUCUCUGAUGUAAAUACGAUCUAGGAGAACUGAAAAUUAUUUCAAAUGAACAGAUUAAUCUUAUUUACUUUAGCUACAUGUUCGCUUUUGGCCUCAAAGACCUUCUGCCGUGAUGAAUCGGUAAUGACCAGCUUGCACAGCGGAGAAGAAUACAGUGAUGAUAACUAUUCCGAGUCUAAUGAAGACAUCAUAGAAGAAAACCAGAGAAGCCUGAACCUUGAAGAAUUGGAGGACUGGGGGCUGAAGAACAUCAUUAAGAUGAGCACACCCACCACAAAGAAGGUGCCCAACUCAGCUGCAAAUUUGCCACUGCGGUUUGGCAGAAACUUUCAGGAAGAGAGAAGCAUCAAGCCUGCAGCAAACCUGCCUCUCCGGUUUGGAAGGGCGUCUGCCGGAAGCCUUGCUCGGCACACCCUUCCUUUGUCACAAAGGUCUGAGAGAGCUCCUUCGGUUCAAAGUUCCUUCCAUUCUCCCGCCAACUUGCCACAAAGAUUUGGGACGUCACUUCUCUUCAGUCUGCCCCAAGUGGCCAAAGACCCUGACCAAGGCAAUAAGAAGUAA